AUGGCUUCCUCCACUUCCCCCCUCGUCAUUUUUGACGAGUUUUCUAAGCUACGCAUCCUAGAUCCAGUUCAAUUUGAGACAUCUGAGAAGCUGAAAGAGGAAUGCAAAGAUUUUACGCAAAGAGUGAGCAAUUUCAACGAAAUUGUGGAAAUGUUCCUCAAAAUGAUGGAAGAGAAGGCCGAGCAGAUCGAAUCCGAGAAGCUUAAAGCGAUAGGGCUACGAAACCGAGCAGAACAACAGAUGGAGAAUAGAAAGGGUACACAGAAGCAGCUGCAAUCCUUAAUCAAGGAGCGUCAAGCUGAAUUAGACAGGCUCACAGUGCAGGUGGACUCUCUCGUCAAAGUGCAACAUGAGCAGGAAGCCUUGAUUGACAGCUUGAGCUCAAAAUGAAACCGCUCAUCCACAAGGUCGUUACGAUGCACCGGCUUUUAUUGAGCAGACCACCCAUUCGCCUGAAGCCAGAAACUAUCCCGCACUCAUUUUGUGGAUACAAGAUUUAUAUAGCGCACCAAUAUUGGUUGACCACUUAUCCAGAGCAUUAUAAUGCAGCGUGUCUGUCGAGCUGCGAGGAAAAAGGUCUAUAGUUAGCAUGUACCCCGGGAUGCUGGCAUUCCAUAUCCGUAUCACGUACUGUGAAUGUAACUCUAAG